UAAGUGUGGAUACUUGUCCCCUCACUUUUCUCGAGGCUCUCUCUUCGAGGUUUCUGAGCUUACAACGUUGACGUUGUCGAUUUGAAUUCAUCGUGAGCCUUGGGGACCGAAUAUGUGCUGCGAAAGAUGAGCCACUGGACAUGUUACACGGACCCUGCCACCUGUUUGGAAGUAUCAGGCGCAGUGCCGACGUCUGGUGCUGACACUGAGCCAACGGAUGUGUUCUUCCCUAAUCCGACAAAUGGUGCCGGCGACGAGGGCAAACCGAAGACUACGAAGACGACGCGCACCGCUGACGACGGAAAGCCAGUGCAGACAGACGACAACACGAAGCCAGAGGCAACCAAGCCACUAGAGUCAAGCUCGAUACGACACGUAACUGUUCUAGCUACCACAGUAUCUGGGUCGACCGCCGAACCAACCAUCGCAGUCGAGACGAGUGUACCAAGUGUUGCUGCAGGUACAGCAAAUGGAAACAAUGGAUCAGGUGGGGGAGGAGGUAUGUCUCCAGGAGCUGUAGCAGGCAUUGCAGUCGCGACAGCCAUUGUCGGUGCUGCCAUUGCAUUCUUUGCUGCCUUCGUGCUGUUCAAGCGCCGAAGACCGUCGCGGCACGGACACAGCGAGUCGUCCACGAAUUUCAUAUCAAAGGGAGAACAACCUUCGUACGUCCAGAUCUCACAAGUUGGCCCCCCGCCUGUCCUCGCGGCCGCCAUUCUCCCGACAAAUCGCGGUGUCGAUCUCUCUGAUUUAUCGCAUUCUUCGGACUUCCUAGCUGCCGUGCUGCCACCAGCUGCAGACGAACAGGCAGUCAAAAGCAGAGUCACCGCAGUAUUUGGUCAGAUUCUCCAACACGUAAACGAUUUCUACCGCAAUGUACAUGCUACAUUGACGCCGAGCAUGGGAAAUGAUCUCAAGAAAUUCUGCGAUUCGUCCGUGAAUCUUGCUGAAGAGCUGGAGCACUCGUCCAUGCCUACGAUAGCGAUUAAGCACGCUCUCGUUGGCUAUCUUUUGAGUAUCAUAGCGCCGGAAGCGGAGCAACAGUCCACUCUGUUCCCCGCCGAGGUUGCAGGUCUAAGGCAGGACGAACGCUCUUUCGAAUCACCCGAUGACCAAGCCGCCUACAUCCUCUACAAACGCCUCGCUGCGCAUUUGUACGCACCUCCCAUCUCUUCCCUCCAAUCCCGCCAAUCCGACAUCCGCGAAGCAGCCGAGCACUUCGCGCUCACUUUCUUCCCCUGGGCAAAUCCCGCCUAUGCCGACCAAGACAAGGACGAGAAUCUAGUAGACGUUAUAAACAAUGCUUUAGAUCUGAGUUUGUGGCUCUUCGGACAACCGUACCUGUAUGAGUGGGUGUGGGAGGACGUGGGCAGAAGGGGAAUGGUGGUCAGUCCAGGGCUGGUGAGGGUAACAGAUGAAAGAGGCAAGAUGUUAGAUAGGCCGAGAAAAGUGGUAGACGCUGUCGUCGCAACCAGCUGAGUAUGGACACGGAAUUGAAUCUUCACGGUUGUGCAUAUCC